UGGAUAGGUUGACAGAAACAUGUUGUUAAGGUGUUGUCGAAAUGAGCCUUGUAGGUGUGCGCCGUUCCCUAAGUUUGUGGUUUUAGAUUUUCAACGGGGCGGACUUCUUAUUGGCUAGGGGAUCAAGUUCCUGAAACUGGUCUAUACCUUGAAAAAUGUCUUCGUAACAGGAGGCGCCAAGGAGCUUAAGCGUAAUUCACACGCAGUAAAGAACAUGACGAAAGUUCCUCAGGGGUUUGAUUUCAGUUUCCUAAAUGACGAAGAAGCCAGGAAGAUCCUUCAGGUGCUGGAAAGAAAUGAGGAGCUGCAGAGGGCGGAGAAGGACAGGAUCAGCAAACUCCAGAAGACAAAGAGGGAUAUCAGAUGGCUUCAAGGAGUGACUGGCGAAUGGUUUGAAGAAAUUCAAAGAAAAAAGUUCUGCAAUGAAACGGAUGUUAGCCAAAUGUUAAAACAACCACUUACAUACAGACUAAGGAAGGGGAUGGCAGAAAAUGAUUCCAUGGAAUUACAAACAUCAAGAUCUAAAAAUACACCUAAUCAAAAAAGCCUGACAUCCAUUUCUUCUCGGCUGAGCUUCAGAUCAUCAUUUGCUUCCCUGUUCUCGUUCAGAAAAUCCAGAAAGGAGACUUCAAAGCUUCAGUCCCUGGGACAGAAAGGAUACGACAGCCAUGCAGGACCUCCUGUGUCUGUGAGGCAAACCAUUACGCAGGCAAAAAUACACAGCUCACCUCUGGAGAAUCCACCAGUUGAGAGUGCAUUUGUCCCCAGGCCAACAGGCAUGAGGGAGGGAAGUGGCAUGUCCCCGUGGGAUGCCUCACUGCUGGAAAAUGAGUAUUUCCAAGUUUUAGAUGAUUUGGAUAACAAACUGGCUCAGGAACAGUGUCCAAGCUCAGUGAAGACCACAACGCUGCUCAACUAUGGAUCGAGAACACAGUUCAGUCAUUUCUACUCUAGGGGGAACACACACGGUAAUACAGGACGGCACAAAAACCACUAUAACGAAACUUCUAAUAUGUCUAUCUAUGACAUCCUAAGGCCAGGAGCCCCUAGGGAAGGUUUUAAAACCUUUUCUCCUAGAACAAAAACAAUUUAUGAUAUGUACAGGACAAGGGAGCCCAGACUUCUAAAAGAUUACAUGCAAAAGAAUACUUUUGGUAGUACUUCUCUGUGUUUCGACAGCAGGCAACGAUCGGCUUCACCAGCUACAAGCUAUUUCACAACAAGAAGCUUACAUUUUCCAACCAUCACUCAGAACAAGAGUGGGUUUUUAUCACCAAGGCACCAGCAGAGCCCAAAGAGAACACCUUUAUCAUCCAUCAUAUGGAAUAGAUCAGAUGCUUCUGGAGACAGGCAGAGCCAGGAGGAGUUCCUGAGGGCACCGUCACCCAUGGAUAUUGACGCCAACGACCAGUAUGCAUAUCCCAGGUGUUUCCAGGAGAAUAGGAGAUACGGAUUUUACCGUUCACAGAGUGUUUACCAAGGUGCUCAUUUUAAUGCCCCCAUGGAUAAUGCAAUGAGUCCUGACCCAUUUGAGAACUCAGAGAAUAUGCCAUUCUACCCUCAAGAAAACCCAUUUGCUAGAUCUUUCUCUAGCAACACCUUUGGACGAAACAGGGAACAGAGAUUUAGACAAAGUCCUUUUUGGGACCAACAGGAAGAAGGCUCUUUCUGGUCUGACUUCCAUCAAAGCAGGCAUCCCUUCCCUCCUUCUGACAGAGACUUUGAAACGAUUUCAAUGGAAGCAAAUAGUGCAUUAGCUGCUCGUGGCCAUGGUGUGCCUUCUCAACACUGGGGAUUAUUUUCUUCUAGUUACAGAACAGAUAUGUUCAGAGAUCAAGAAGAGCCACAUCCCUGGCAGUUUGAUUCUCAGACGUCCACCCUGGAGAGCAUGGAGGUGCCACAAGGUAAUGGGAGCCAGUCAGCUCAUUUCAACAUCCCAAAUGUUUGCCCUAUGAUGGGUCCAAGCUAUCACAUCAAAUCUCAUAGGUCAGUAUGUCAAGAGGGCAGUCCUCCUGCAGAAGUACACAUGAACCAAGACGCCUACCCAUUUGGAAUUGCUCACACUCUGGCAGCUUCAUUUCAAACUUCCUUCCCCCAGAUUCCUGAUGACGGAGGGAAUCCUCAGAGUUCCAUCUUUCAGAAUCCCACAGUCACUGUGCAGAAAAUUAAGCCUGCCUCUCUUCCAAUAAAAACCUAUACAGAAGUCACUGUGACCAAGAGAAAUUCAGUUGAUUCUCCACCUCUUACUGAAAGCCCACCCAUUGUCUUGGCUUCAGAAGUGAGUCAUGAGAAAGACUUGAAUGAAUCUAUUUUGGAAGAAGAUAAACAACUAAACAAGAUGGACCAGACAAACAUGCCAAGUGAAGAACCCCAACCUGAUGCACAGACUGUAAUCUCUAACCCUUUCCCCGAUCUUCGAAAUCCCCUCUCCCAUGAUUUAGCCAAGAGCAAAGGAUUUGCUUUGAAUGCAUCUACCACAGUAAGUUCAAAAAGGACACCUGGAGUCAUUGCCAGGAAAGAUAUAUCCAAAAUUCAUCUAUCACACAGAGAUAAAUCCAAUGAACUAAAAAAAGAUAGGAAUUAUACUGAGAAUAGAAAUGUUGGUUCAGCAACUGCCCUUCCGUUCAUUCAGGAAAGCAGAAUAUCUUUUCCCAGCCCAAGUCCAGGUUGUCACCAGGAAGUAAGAAUAAGCCAUGAUGAUAGUUUGAGCAUUAUUAGAAAUCACCACUGGAGCUCUGAACAGGCUGGUAAUCAAAACGCACAGUCUCCAGAAAAGCCUGCUGUGUUAGAUGCUGAGGAAGAACAAUGUAGCACAACUCAUUCUACAAACUAUAGCGAAUCAGCCGCUGGUCACAAGAUCCCAUGUGAUUCUUCGGAUCUGUCAUCUGGUAUACCACCCGAUUCCUCACCAUUGGAUAAGUCUUCCCUUGAGGCUCUGGUGUUUCCUUCUAAGACAGUAUUUUCCAGGAAAAGUCCUUCAGGCAAAGAUCCGCCUCUGGGAGAAAGAGAACAAAAAGACAAUAAUAGCAAAUGCCAAAAUGAUCAGUUUGCCCUCAGCCCCUCAGAAAUCCGAAAGAGCAAUGAUAAUUGUGUGGUUUUACAUAAUGAGGGGGUUGAUGCUGUCAAAUGCCAUUCCCGCCCUCCCUUCAGGGAUGGAAAAGGAAAAGGAAAAAUAAGGCGAUGCAUAUCCUGUUUUGAAAAGUUAAGCAAAACAGAAAGUGGAUCAGCACCUACAAGCCACGACAGUAACCUCAGGGAGAGGAAUCGAAGCAAUUCCAAGCGACCCGAGAUUCCCACAACAUACUGUAACUCGCCAAGGAAAUCAGCCAGUUUUCUCAUCAGUAACAGGAAGCCAGAAAGUAAAAUAGCGCCUUCUUCCUUUAGGAAUGAACCACUUCCAUUCCAAAUCAGAAAUAAUGUCGAAGACCCCAUGGGGACGUACACGUCAAACAAACUCAGUUCCAGCUCUUCGGAGGCAGAAAGCAGAUGUUCCAAAGCAGCUUCAGACUCGGUCUCAGAAGUACCUGAAGCCACAAAGAGGAUGACAAAUAUGAAAAACAUUGGAUCUGCUUCUAUUAGAAAAGGGCCACUUCCAUUCCUCAUUAAGAGGGCUGUGUCUUGUCCUUUAGGGGCACCAGAUGCCUCAGCUGGGACAGAUGAAAGAGAAAAAUGCUUGCUCUCAAGCACAGACGCUUCUGCUCUAACACGGAAACCGUGGGGGACAGUCAUGAGCCCUCUGGAAAAUAACUCCCCUGUCAGCGAUGGUUCUUUAAACAGAAAACCCCCCCAAAAGGAAUACUUUCAAGAAUGCACUGAAAAGGAUGGUAAAAUUGCUUCCCCCAGGACAGGUCUCUUUUCAAAUGAAGACCCUUUACCUUUUUCUUCAGAUGUGUCAAGAAAAGAAAGUGGGAAAACAUUACAUAAAUUCAAGACUACUAGUAUGUUUUCAGUUUCUGGUGAUGAAGAUAAUGUAAAAUGUCUUGAGGUGGUUUCAAUAUAUUACACUCUGCCAAGGAAAUACAGCAAAAAAUUCUGUGACAUUCUUGAAAAGUAUACACAGCAAAUCGAUUCACUUACAGAAUCCACUAAAGUGGAGACUGAAAUGUUUCCUAAUGCUUUUGAAAAGGGCAGACUAAAUUAUUCUAUGCAAGAGCAGUCAGGAACACCUGCAUCUGAAGGUCAGAAGAUGCUGGUCAGCUCUGCUCCGGAGGACAGCUGUGGUCUUUCUCACACCACUGAAGAUACGACUGCCUUCCCAGACUGUAGGCCUUCGGAGCCCACAGUACAGGAAAUGGCUUCUGCUGAGGCAGGUGUUUCUUUUCAUAAAGGAGAAUUGGAAACUAGAGAGAUUUCUCCAGAUAACUUCACUAAAACACCUCUGGGCGAUUCACGGAGCAGAAAGGAGAGAGGGAAAAAAUGGCAAAGUGAAACCCUGCAUACUUCAUCACAGCUUUCUGGAAAAAAAGUUACAGGAGAGAAAUCAAGAAACUGUCAGCAGCCCAUUAAAUCAGGUAACAGUGGUCCUCCUAAUCUUCCAUCCCCUUUAGAAGAGAAUGUUGGAAAUUCCCAAACUGUAAGAAGUUCUGAGGAGUGUGCGGGUAAUUUGGUCAUGACAGCUACUGGAACAGCAGAAUGCCUUCAAAAAGAUACCACAGGCAAGGCUAUGGUUGCUAGCGCCAGUGGAUUGCAGCCUCGGCAAGUCAGAGGGGAAAUUGGAACAGAUGUCCAAGAAGAGACUAGUAAAGCACUUUCUGACUCGGAAAGCCAGGUCUUUGCUCUUACUCCAGCUUUGCAUAACUUACAGCUUGACGGAGGGACUUGUUCAGGUGAACCAGAUUUAGACAGUUCCCAGUCUGAACCCAGAGAACUCCCUCAAAGGAGUCAGGAGGCAAGUAGGACAGAGAAUGGCAAAGCUGAAGACAAAAUGCAGAAGUUGGCCUGGGAUCAAGCUUCACUUCCUGAAGGAAGCAAUAAAUAUAAAACCAGCGUGGAUGACCCAGAAAAAGGGAAAAACAGAUCUUCAGUUAAACACAGAUUGGCAGCCAUGUCCAAAGUGAGCAGAAAGUUCUCAGCUAAAGAUUUAAGCCCCAGAAGACAUGUAGCUACUAUCUUCCCCCAAAGUGGGAACCGUUGUGGCUUUGGCAGUCUAUCUCUUGGCACACCAGAGUGCGACCCUGUGUCCCCUGAGCCUACUCCAAAGUCCAUAGAAUCCAGAAAUGAACACAGGUUGAGUAGCGAUGUAAUGGAUGUGGAGAAGUAUGAGAACUCUCCCCGGGUUAGUGUAAUACCCAACAGCGAAGUUUCUACACAUUUAAGCAACCAGAAGCCUAACAGCAUCUCACAGCUACAUCAGAGUGAGUCUAAAAGUAUCGCAGAAUCAUCACCGAAGUAUGAGAGGUCUAAAGAUGUAGCAGCAGCUCAGACCUUGGAGAGAGACUCAGAAGCCUUGGCCCAGCCCACAUUCCCCAGCCUCGGGGAAGCAGACUUCUCUGAGCAUCAGAGAAGACCGAACCCUCCUUUUCCACUGGAGCCUGCAGAGAAAUCCAGAGUAAGCAUCCCGUUGGCCACUUAUCGGCAACAACAAAGUGCUUCAUCUCUGGAGUGGGAACCUGAACCACACCCCUAUCGUUCAAACAGUUUAAAAAGCAUCAGUGUGCAUGGUGAUCUGGUACGCAAAAGUCAUCCUCCAAAAGUCAGGGAGCGCCAUUUUUCUGAGAGCACAUCUAUUGUCAAUGCCCUGAGUCAACCGACCCUAGGGAAUGAGUUCUCUAGCAACAGCAGGUACGGUCGAAGAUUCAGAUCCUUUUCUGAGCUUUCCUCCUGUGAUGCAAAUGAAAAUUGGGCUUUGUGUAGGAGCAGGACAAAAAUGGGCCCCAGGUCUGCAACAUCUAUAUCCAGACCCAUUGACUAUGGAAUUUUUGGGAAAGAACAACAAUUGGCUUUCUUGGAGACUGUAAAGAGGUCACUCACGCAAGGAAGAUUAUGGAAGCCAAGUUUUCUCAAGAACCCUGGCUUCCUGAAAGAUGAUGUAAUUUACACCCCUAAUCCAACAGAGCUAUCCAGCUCAAAUUCUCCCAGCAGCCAGAAGCCAGAAGACGACUUAUCUCCAAGCACACCACUUAAUAUCUACGAAGAGAAUCCAUUGGACUCAGAUUGUGACACAGACACAACCACGGAUGAUGAAUAUUAUCUAGAUGAAAAUGACAAAGAGUCAGAACUGUGAGCCUUCGUCAAUAAAAUGCAUAACCUUUCCACCAGAAGCUUGUAAUGGAAAUGAAGUGUAAAUGUGUAUGCCCUUGAGAAGGACAAAAUAAAAAAGAUCAGGUCUGCGCAGCACCUGCCCUGAAACAAUCCAAAUUCUCUUCCCUCCCUUCCUCACACGAUAUAUAUAUGCUUCCUAAAUUUUGGAGCAAAUGAAUUUUUAUUUUUUGGGAUUCUCUGCUGUUUUCUCCCUCUGUAUAUAUUCUUGCCUUUCUCCCCUCUCCUCCCCUCGCUCUCCAAUUUUGUCUUUCUGCUUUACUUUCUCCCUAAACUUUUUACACAUUUCAUUGUGAUUCAAAACCCUAAUACCGCAGGCACAUGCAAACUAUUAACUUCAAUAAGUUAGUGGUUAGAAAAUUCUAUAUUGCCCCUUCCAGUCCACACCCUAUAUUCAUGAUGUUAAAUAAAGUGUAGGGAUGAUGAUAGUGGAGUAAAUGUUAUCAUCCUGUUUGACCUGGCAUGUAGGAGGUUUAGGGUUGGUUGUUUUUUUCCUUUCAAAGAUGAGGGAAUUUUCAUAAAGGCGUCCUAUUGGAUCCAUAGUGAAGCCAGGGAGACAGAUGUUUGAUGUAUUUAUUGAGGUUAUAGAUGAGGAGCUGAAUCCCUAUCAAGCCAAAAAUAUUAGUACUCCUAGAAAUACCUUUGAAGACGUUUGUAGGGACUGGCUGAGUUGUUAAGGGCUGAAUUUUAAUCAAGUCAAGGACUCAGGCCAGGUAGCGAGAUGGUACAAUGGGUGGCUUGGCCACGGAAUUCCUGCUUAGGAAGGGAGCAUGACUGCGGAGGCAGGUAAGUGGACAUCCUUCGUGGGACUGACAUCCCCACUGCAGCUCUCUCGCCAACUGGUUUUCCCCAUUUCUCCAGGACUGCCCACUUCUGGAUUUUCUUUAUUUGCAGGGUAGAACGCUUUAUUUCAUGGGCACGUUUUAGUCACAAAUAUCAAGCGGUAACCUUGUCCAAGCCCCUAAAAUGCUGCUUAGUCAGAUCAGACGCACCGGGAUUCACUGGCUUCUUUGCAGGAUCAUUUACCAAAGCCAUAGGAAAUUACAAGGUAGGGCUUCUAAGGGCUUGUCGCUAUGAUUCCUUCAAUACAUAUCUAGACUAAAUACUCUUCAUCCCCACUGAUAACUUGGUUUUCUAACUCUUUGGUUGCCAAGCAGAACUUCUGGAACUUUCCCUCCUAAUAGGAUAAACACCAAUAGAUGGCGGUGAAGAUAGUUCACUAGAACUACAGGAGGCCUGCCAUCCAGGAUCUUAGUGCUAUGAGGGUCCAUGUGAGUGGAUUUCAUUCCAAUUGCUUCAUAUUUGCUUCCUGACCCAAUUCUGUUUUCCAUUUUUCUCAGCUAGUCUGUUUCAUCUAUAUAAAUUAAGGAUAAUGAUAGUGUUGGUGAAACAUACAGAGAUCUGGUACUGAUAGAAAUGCAAGAAAGAACUAUAUUAUUAUUAUCCUCCUAACCAUUGCUUUCCCUGGAAGCAAAAUACCAGGGCGACUUCACAUCAUUCCCAUGCAACCCAAAACUAAUAAACAUGGUAACUAACAUGAAAGCUAUUCCUUAAAUCUGUAAAUUGUUUUAAAGUCCAGGCUCUGACCCAUAUCAAGCCCAAAGAGACUGAUAAUAUAAUUUUAAAUCAACUGUUCUAGAUACUUUAAUUUAAAUGGUAAAGAAUAACAUUUUAUUCUUUUUUAUUUAUGUUUGUAAAUUCUACCUUUCCCCUUCCCCUUCUUUUUAUCUGAUUAUUUGAGUACAAGUUUCAUAAACCAUGACUUAUGUUUUCCAUCUAAUUUUAAGAUAAUCAGAGUUAAAAUAUUUUCAUAUUUUAAUAUUAUUUUAAUAUUAAUAUUUUAAUAUUAAGCUUCCCAAUUUUUGAAAAAUCAGCUUGCAAAUUCUAUUUCAGUAAAUACUCUUGAGUUUACAUGUAGGUUACAAAAGGUGAAAUGAAGUUAGCUUAUUUUUCACUGAGUUUAGGCUGUAUCAACAGUUAGUUAAAUAAAGGAUUUAAGGUGAGAAUAGACGAUUACUCUGAGGCCCUCCUGCCCUGCACGGGCAUCUCCUAUUUGAAUUCAAAGGUAACUGAUGGCUGAUGCUCACCUGCACUGUUUGUAAUGUUUGCUUGUUGGUCUGGCUCAAGAAUCAAAGAAAUAGAAAAUUCAUAAAAAUAGCAACUUCUAGGGGUGUCUGGGUGGCUCAGUCAGGUGAACAUUCGACUUUCGAUUUCGGCUCAGGUCAUGAUCUCAGGGUCCUGAAAUUGAGCCACGUGUCAGCCUCUGCACUUAGUCUGCUUGAGGAUUCUCUCUCUCCCUCAGUCCCUCCCGUUCUCUCUCUCUCUCAAAUGAAUAAGUAGAUCUUUAAAAAAACAAACAGCACCUUCCGUAAUUUUAUACUUUUAUAAAAUACUUCGUUAAAGAAGUAUAGCAAAUUUCUAUGUAUUUGAACAUACAAACUGCUGCUUUUUAAUACUCAUUUUUGGUACAACUAUAGUAAUUUAUAAUAGUCAUUUUUAUACCCCUCACUUGUGUGCUAAAGGAUAUAAUCAAUAUUCACAUGAAUCGAGUAAAUCAUGAGAAAUCCAUUUUAAUAAGUACUUUUAAAUUAUUAACUUGUUUAGAUAAUAGACUUCAAUUUUAUACUGUAAAGUUUAUUUAAAAUAGGGCUUAGGCACCUGGGUGACUCAGUCGGUUAGGUGACCGACUUUUGAUCUCAACUCAGGUCAUGGUCUCAGGGUCAAGAGUUCUAAGCCCUGCAUUGGGCUCCACACUGGGAAUGGAGCCUACUUUCAAAAAGUGGGGGGGAGGGGUCUUAAUGAGAUUAUUUUAAUUUUUAGAGACCUCCUUCUAAAUAAUUUACCCCCUUACAUUUGUAAAUACAUGGAUGUUAAUAAGACUUCCAACUGCUACUAACAAGGUUCUGACUGAUGAAAAGUGAAUAAAAACAAUUUUGUGUAGAAGGUAAAUGUAUGUACUAGAGAUAGUAAAAGAAAGUCCACUUAGGUUGUGGUGAAGAUGGGAAUAAAAUUGAAAAACUCCCAACUCCAUAAAAAUACUGUACUUUAUGGAAUGCCAGAAGGUUAAAGAGGCCUUACUGGUAAGAGUUUAUUGUUAACAGUAGUGAUAUCGCUUUAGAAUAUCUCAUUUAAGGGUAUAGGGUAAAUAUGUAAAUAUUUUACAUUCCCAGCAAGUUUGUGACUGUAUUACCACUCACGGGCUCUUUGUGACUCUGUUUCUGAAACAAGUAAGCCUUAAGCACUUUUGUUAAGAUGUUGUCAAUAAUCCUUUUAUGUAUUUGUCCUCAAUCCUGUUCUCUAGGUAUAAAAAGUGUUCCAAGGCUCUGACCAUUGUUAAAACAAUGCCUGUGUUGAAAUAAAUGAUUUAAAGAGA